CAGGAAUUUUAGCACAAAAGAAAAUGGCGCCCCCAUCAAACAUGAUCGAAGAUUGCGAUUGACUCUUGUUUACAUUAUACAUUGAUUGUAGUUACUGAUCCUUAAGGCAGUGAUGGGUGCUGAGGAGAAUGCUGUUAUCACUGUGAGGCUGGACCUCAAGAACCGCUACUCUGUGAUUAUGGAAGAGACGCAGAUGGACUCCAGCGAGUUGAUGGAACACUUCUUCUCUUUGUACAAUAGCAAUGUUGAAAAGGUUUGGACCGAGUCAGAUGGCAGUAAACAGGCAAAGCAACAGGGACUACAUAAGGAAACAAAGUACUGGAUGAGGAAGGUCUUGUCUCGGCCAGACCAUGAUAAACUAUUCCCCAAAUCUCACGACCCAGACAAUGGUGCUGAUAAUAUUGAUACAGAAACAGCAACCUCCAAAGAAUGCGACGUUAGUGGCACCGAGGACAAGUUGGGCCCCAGUGACAGGGAUAUUGAAACCAUACCUGCGUUACAGGUUGGAAGAAAACGGAAAUGUCCCAGAAAGAUCAUUUUGACUUUACCCGAACACAUACUGUCCAAAGAUAUCUCAAUUAAUGUUUCAAAUAGAUUGGGUCAGGCAUCGAAAAGUGCAAAAAAAACUUUUGAAAGUAAAACCAAAGCUGCAGAUGUUUCCUCUUCCACUGUCUGUUCAUCGACCGUCACAUCAGAAACAGCAAAACCAACUGAGGAGGAGGAGGAGGAGGAGGAGGAGCAAGUGAUGCCUGAGGGAUCACCGCUCACACCAAACAUUAAAAUAGAACCCGAGGGUAGUGGCGAUGAGGCAGAGAAUACCGAUAGUGCUACUCCAGCCACCAAGGAAAGUUCUCCAGAACUUGAAGGGGAGAAAUCACAAGAAGGGCAAAACCAAAUAGAUGACGAGGGAGUAGCAGAUGGUGAGGCAGAGGAAGACACGUCUAUGAACUGCAACUAUCUAGGACCAGGGGAGGAGGAGGAAGAGGAGGGAGAAUCUCUAGAAAUGUCAGUUGAGGAGAUCGGUGACAGUGACAAUUACCAGAUAGGACUGAAUGAGGGGGAGAACGUGAAAUUUGUUCGUGAUGUAGCUCUAAGCAUUGCUAAAGAUAUGGCUGUCACAGAAAAUGGAGAGACUGUAUUUAACUGUAACUUUUGUAGUUAUAAGACCAACGUUCUGGGUAGGUUAAGGCGACAUAUCACAGUACAUACUGGGAAAGAGUUCAAAUGUCCUUACUGCAGUAAAGCCUAUACUGAGAAAUGCAAGCUUACUGAACACAUCAAGGUAAAACAUGAGAAGUCAGUUAGCUAUCCAUGCCCCAAGUGCUCCAAGGUGUUCACCAGUAAGCGUGGACUGGAAUAUCACAACAUCACAUUUCAUGAGGAGCGAGGCACCACACUGAAGUGUUCAUUCUGCCCGAAAGUCUUCAGUAGUAGGUUUGGUUUUACAUAUCACACUAAGACUGCACACGGUGAAAGCAAGAUAGAGGAAAAUUUCAAAUCGACCAGUGAUACUUUAAUACCUAUGAGCAAGUGGGAAAAAUCAACAAUGAAAAAGGAAACGGAGAAAGAAUUCCAGAAAGACAACAGUGGCAUGUACAACUGUAAACUGUGCGAAUACAAAACACCACGUAUGUUCCACAUCAGGAGACAUCUUGGCGUUCAUUAUGGAAACACUAACAAAUGUGAACAGUGUGAGAAGACAUUUUCAGAUUCCUACAAGCUGAGGCUUCACGUUCAAGUAAAGCAUGGGAAUCUAAGGUUCGAUUGUGAUUACUGCCACAGAGAUUUUGGAACGAAGGAAGGCUUGAAGUACCACCGCCUGUCUGCACAUGAAGGGAACUGGAAGUAUCUCUGUCCAGACUGUGGCCAGGGUUUCUAUCAGAAGCAUCACUUCGAAGGCCAUGUCAACAAACACAAGGGAAUCAAAGCCUAUGGAUGUAAAACCUGCGGAAAGAAAUUUUUCUAUCAGUCGGACGUGUCGAUACACAAAAAACACUGCGGACAAGAGAAGAAGCCAUUGGAAAAACCGACCACAUUUGUUUGUCAUGUUUGCGGGGACCAGUUCAAGAAGAAAAGUAUACUUAUUGAGCACGAAAAUGGCAAGCAUGGACGAAUUGGAAACUAUGUCUGUGAGUGUGGCGUAAGCUUUAAAUGGAGGAACUCCCUUCGUCAGCACAAACAGAGGUGCUCUACUGCAGCAGCCAUUUCCGAUUACUCAGUCACCGAUAUCACUGACCUGAGCGGAGCUUCUGACUUCAUAGCCAUGCAAAUCAAACCUGAGCUGGACUCGGAUGUUAUCAAUACAGAGGCUGGGGAUAUGGAAGCAAUGGAUACAGACGAUAAUCAACCUGAUGAUAUUUCCUACUCACAGCAGUCCCCUCCUGAGGACGACACGGAAAGUAACACAGCUGCUGAAUUGGAGAACGAAAAUGAUGACCAAGUGUAUGUGGUAAAGGCGGAACCUACAGAAAACGCGGUGUUUCAACAUGGGGCAAUGCUCACUCCGCCAGGUGUCGCCACUGAUGCACUCUAUGAGAUGCCAGCUUCACAGGUAAGUGACCAAGAAGGUAAUGAUUCUGAUUUUGUGAUAUACCCUGAUGACUCCUCUACUUCUAGUUUUGACGAUAAAAGUUCAGGCGAAGACCAUUCAGAUACUGAGGAGGAAACGGAUGCUUGGUUUGAUUAUUCCUCAAAAUCAAAUAAGAAUCUCAAGAGACGGCUAUCAUUGAUGGAAUCAAGAAAUGAACCUUCUGGAAAACAGUUCAGAUGUCCCCGUUGUGGAAAGGUCUUUAGGGUGCGAAAUGCCUUCCUUAAACAUCGAAGCAUUUGUCACCGAAAAGCUGUAAUAAGGAGAAGUGUUAUUGAGAUGUACGUUUGUGGAUUCUGUGAUGGCAGAUUUUCAAACAAGGCACACUUUAAAGAACACAGCAAAACGCAUCAAAGGAAAAUGAGGAAAAAAACCAAAAUGCAGCAAAGUUUCAGAAAGAAGGCAAAGGAACAGCUCCUGAAUAUUGAACAGAGUAAGUCAACCCUAGAAAAUAGCCAUGAGGAAAAUGUAGAAACACAUUUCCAGACGGACAUGGUUUUUGACAUUCCCGUGGAUCAUAGUGUGGAAAAUGGAAUGGAAUCAGACAGUGAAGCUCAAGUAACGUGCAUGUUACAAGAUGAGAGUAUAUCUUCUGGUAACAUAGAUCACACCUUGGUCAGUAAUCCUGUUACUCCAGAGGAAACACCAGCUACUUUGAAUGUCAGACACACAAAUGACAGUGGACAUUGUGAUGAGCAACCCCAACGCGUACAAUCUGGCCCAGUAGAACAUGUUCAGGAUUUAGAUCAUACACACAACAACAGAUCUACCAAAACACCUGUGGAAUCAUGUAACAUGUCGAAGCAUUCUGAUCAAGGAAAGGAUUUCCCAUUUGUAAAUGUUGCUGUUGUGGAUUUGAGCAAUGCACAAAAUUAUCCAAAUAAGGAUGUAGACAGUGGAUGGGAUUUGUCAAUAAAACCGAAUCACUCAGGACUAAUGCAAGAAAAAGAAAGAAAGAAAUCAGAAUCGGCGUCUUCUCUCCAGGUUGAGGAAGGCCAAAGAAACAACUUAUCAGCGGAGUUCCAGAACUCUUUUACGUGCGAAAUAUGUGGAGCUACUAUUGACGACCACGAGAAGUACAUCAACCACAUAUCCCUUCAUGCUGUCACCAGAAUUCAAAUGUUUCAGGAGCAGCAAAAUAACUCUAAUAAGGACCUGAACACGUGUGGUAGUGAGUCUGGGUCUUUGCAGACAUCAAACUGGAAUACAAUGGAGGCAGAAAAGAAUAAUUUCACAUGUAAUAUUUGUGGUGAUGUUUUCUUGAAAAGGUCCUACUUGAAAGAACACAUACUUGGGAUGCAUGGGAAUGUUAAUAGAUAUAGUUGUGUGUGUGGUGAAAGAUUCAAAUGGAGAAGUUCACUGAAUCUACACAAAGAAAAAUGUCCAUCUUCUCCAUCCAGGAAUAUUUCAAACGGCCAGAAACACUUACCAAUUAACAGACCACCAAUUAACAGACCCAAUAGUUCAACUGCAUACUCCUUCAAAAUUGGUAGUAAACGGAAAUCUCCAGCUUCAAGGUCAUCUUUACCUCUCCCACCUAUCUCCUCAUCGUUAUCACCAAGGAUGCUGCCAGGGAUUUCACCUCAUUUCAUGGAUACGAGAACCUCCUCAGUGUUAGGGAUGAUUCCACCUCAUAUAAGUCAAACAACGUCAUACACACCGGUAAUGGAAACACAUGUUCAGGCUGGAGAAAUGUAUCUGCACAGUGUUCCAGUCAGUGCUACUUCUACAGAAAACAAACUACCAGAACAGCAAACUCAUGGCCAUUUUCCAUCUCUUUCAUAUGAGAGAAGUCCUCCUCGGUCUGGUAACAACGUUCAACGAAAAUCUUCUGACAAUGGACUUCCCAGUCAAAGUGUUGUGCCAACUGGGAUGUUCAGGAGCAAUGGUUCAACAGAUUUUUCAUUCCAAGUGCCUGUUUCAAAAGAACAGGGUAUACCACAGCAGUGGUCAAGUAGCUCUACCUCAGAUAUAAUUCAAAGUCAACAGCAGCAGGAAACUGAAAAAGUUAUAGGAAAUGAAAUUAGGAUAAAACAGGAGGUGAUCUCAUUUGAUGAGGAACCUGAUACCAGGAUAGAAAUGAAUGAAACUGUUAUAAAUCAGCUCAUGUUGGCUGCAGCAGAGCCAGCUGGAAAUGUGGAUGUGCCUAAAACUGAACCCUAUCUCGUGAGCAAUACUAGACCUGAACACCAGAUAAAACAUGAACAAAGCUCGUACAGCUGUAGCAUAUGUAAGAAAUAUUUCCGAACACAAAUCGCGUACACUGACCAUAUGAACAAGCAUCGUGGCAUCAAGCCGUAUCCCUGUACUAGCUGUGGCAUGUCGUUUCACUACCAGUCUAUUCUUAGUUCACAUAAGAAAACGUGUGGUGUGGCAGGAAAUAACAUGUACAAGUGCCACAUCUGCGGUGACACUUUUACUGUGCGGGGUUACCUGAGGGAGCAUGUUCUUGGGAAGCAUGGCGAUGCGCGCAGGUACAGCUGUCGGUGUGGCGCCACCUUCAAAUGGAGGAGCUCGCUUGGCAGCCAUCAAAAGAAAUGUCCACUCACUGGCAAAAGCUACAUGUAAUGGAAUUAGCUUCUUCGUGGAGGAGUGCACCUGGAUGAUUAUUAUGAUGGGAGGUAGAAAUCUGCACUGGUACAAUGGAGGUCACACCUGGAUGGCUGACGACCUUCUGUUUCUAUACUGUCUCCAUAUACUUCUAGCUUCUCUGUAUAUAAAGUGUACUGAUAUGCAAUCUUGCAAUUCAAUAUUUUUCAACAUAGCGCACCUUUGUCAAUCGUUCAGUGUUCAUCGAGUGAUCUGACUAAAAAAAUAAAAUACAAGUGCUCAUCCUAAUGAAUCAACUUUGACCUUGAACAUUGUUCUAUAUUGCGUAUAGCUAUUGAUAUUUUACUUCAUUGAAUUAAUAUUUUACUUUGUUGAAUUGUUAUACAUUUCCAGUUCUGUAUGAAAUUAAUGUGAUUUAUAAUGUUAACCGUAGAAUGUAGCUUAUUUUCGAAAGCAAUAUAAUUAUGUUUUUUCUUAUAUUUGUAUUUACAUAUAUUUCUUUUGGAG